GAAGCUCCAUCACGAUGCCACAAAUUAUGACCAAUGAGACUGUCACAGUGAUUUCACCAAAUGGAGCCAACUUUCCCCAAACAGACAAGCCCCAGCCUACCGAGCAGAGGCAAGACAGCCUGAAGAAACAUCUAAAGACAGAGGUCAAAGUGAUUGCGGCGAUCCAGAUCAUGUGUGGUGUGAUGGUGUUGAGUCUCGGCAUCAUUUUGGCAUCUGUUCCCACAGUCCCACACUUUACACCAGUGUUUUCUGUCCUGUUAAAAUCUGGCUAUCCAUUUGUAGGAGCCUUGUUUUUUAUCAUCUCUGGAAUUCUGUCAGUUAUCACGAAGACAAAGUCAACAAAGUCUUUGGUGAGUACAAGAGUCACACCCCGCACUGAUGGUGAUGAAACCCAGACCCUUCAUGGCCAGGCUUUCCAUGUUGAAAUUACAAACUGGAAAUCCGUGGCUGAUAUGCAGCAGGCUCUGAUAAUUAACCUUGAUCAUCAACUUGACCUGACUGAGGAGCACCGAGGAGAUUAA